AUGAAGAUACUUCUCGUCUUCAUCGGGAUCCUAGCGAUAACCAUUCAUCAUGUGUCAUCUGCAAUAAGUGACAAAAAGUCGAUAUCCAACAAGGAAGAAUACCUGAAUUCAUUUAAUGAUUUGAGAAGAGAAUAUGCGAAGAAGAGUAGAAUUCCAAACAUGCACAAACUGGUCUGGGACGAUUAUAUGGAAACUCAAGUUCAAAUGAACGACUUCAGUGAAAACGGAAAAACGAUGCGUGUGAGUCGUCGGGAUGGGAACGACGCCGACAAAGAGUGGCGUCAUAAAAUGGUUUACGACCAUUAUUGGGCGGAUAGUACGCGAGAAACAAUGAUAAAACAAAGCAUAAAUCAUCAUAUGGCUGGUCUCGAAGAUCUUACUCCACAUCAGAAAAAAAUCGGAUGUGCACCGUAUAACUACAGUGCAGUGCUAGAUGGAAAGAAUACCAUAACCCAAACUAUGUGUUUUCUUGCUCCAGAAGGAAGCUUUACUUCGUGGAACAUGACAAGAGGAGAUGCUGGAUCGAAGUGUACGAAAGGAUAUGAAAAUGAUGAUGGGUUAUGUUCACCAGUUGCUAAAUCUGAGAAAGUGUCGAGUGGAGGGAGUCUAGAGAAUUCUCAAAAUGGGACGGCUACUAACUCAUCUGGUAUCAACGAGAAGACUUAUGAAAUCAGCCUCAUCUUCUUGCUUUUUGUGAUCCACACAAUGUUCUAA